UGUGAAGUAAAGCAUAUAUAUGGUGGUGGGGCCAGUAGAAGAGAAGCAACGCGUGAGUCUAGUCAAUGUUUAUGUCUGUCGUAUUUUGACUUCCUUUCUUCUACCUUGUCUUUCUCUCUCUUUCUUAACUCAGAAAGAAAGAAUGAAUAUGUGUAGUUUGAUUUAUCUGUCUGUGUUACUUGUCCUCAUCCUUCCUCUCCCAUCAUCUCUUUCAACAAACUCUGAAGGUAACGCACUUCAUGCUUUCAGAACCAGACUUUCUGAUCCCAACAACGUCCUUCAAAGCUGGGACCCUACUCUUGUUAACUCAUGUACUUGGUUCCAUGUUACCUGCGACUCCAACAAUCAUGUUAUUCGCUUAGACUUGGGCAAUUCUAACAUCUCUGGUACUUUGGGACCUGAAUUGGCCCAACUAACCCACCUCCAAUACCUGGAACUCUAUAACAAUAACAUAUAUGGCAACAUUCCCAACGAACUUGGUAACUUAAAGAACCUUAUUAGUAUGGAUUUGUAUAAUAACAAAUUUCAAGGUGUUAUCCCUAACUCCUUUGCCAACUUGAACUCACUUAAAUUCCUACGCUUAAACAACAACAAGCUUACAGGACCCAUUCCAAGACAACUCACUCACCUUCAAAAUCUUAAAUUCUUUGAUGUUUCCAAUAAUGACCUCUGUGGAACAAUACCAGUAGAUGGCAACUUUGGAUCUUUCCCAGCACAAAGUUUUGAAAAUAACGGACUCAACGGCCCAGAACUGAAAGGACUGGUUCCUUAUGAUUUUGGAUGCUAAGAAAGGCAGAAGAAUUCGACAACUGGCCAUCGCUAUGAAGAGGCUUCUUUACUUGGGCAGUUAGCAGUAUCGGAGAUGUAUGAUUGCUGCAAAAUGAAUCUAAGUAGGACACACAUGUACGUCCAAAUAUAUGUAAUAGUAAAUAAGAUGAUAUUAGCAUCUGUCUCUGGUUGCAGACUGCAUAGCAAGACUAGGAUCAUGUUAAUUGUUAAGUAAACGUGCCUCGUGGUAACUAUUUUCCUUUUGUUUUUAUAUAAUCACAUAAAGCAAAAGGCUUUAAUAUUUUGUUUUUGAUUCUUGAAUAUUUUUCAGA